CAGGUGUCAAAGGUUGUGACCUUGAGGUCAACAUAUUUGUAAAAGCGCGGGAAAGUACAGUUCAGCACGGUCGCCUUUACGUAUACUUUGGCCGUUGGAGGAAAAUUGCGCCGUUUUGGCGAGGAUUUUGCUUGAUUGUUGGUGAUAGAUAGCUGUUCAAGAUGGUCCAGUUCGCCAUACGAAUGCCCCAGACGGAGGGUGGCUGUCCUGAGUGGACCAUGGUGGAGCUGCAGGGGGAGCUGGAGACCAGGGACAGCAGUGGGCUGCCUGGGAACAGGCUAGGGGAACUGCAUUUUACCAAGGGGGGGCAGCCGAUCCUACUGAUUGGGCACCAUGUGCUACAUGGGAAGGUGGUGGAGCUGGAGAAACCGUUCGCUGUGCUGGUGAAGGAGAAGGAGAAGGACAACAAAGACGACUCCACGGAGAGUAUGGACACCAGUGUUUCUGCAGCGGACACGGAGAAAUGCUCAGACUACCUGGUGAAGGCAGUCAUCAGGAACAAGCUGGUAUUCAAGAACAGGCCCCGGCCGAUCAUCAACCUGCCCAACAAGAGGGGACACUGAAGAAAACAAAAUGUUGUCAUUUGAUAGAUAACUAUAUAUUAUGUUUAUGGAUUUAUUCAGGCAUCAAUCAUGUAAUCUGUAUCUUAAUUGUUGAUCAGAUGAUGAUGACAAGAUGGUAUUUGUUACGUUUUGUCUCACCCAAACCUCGUUGAUUUGAGUUUUUCAUAAAUAGAUAAAAGCUCAAACAAACAAACAACUUGUAAUGUUUGUUUGUUUAAAAUGAGAAGACUAAUAAAGAUGGCUAAUACCCAUG